AUGACCCAGCUCCUCGCCGGCCCGCAUUCGUCUUCAGGUCAUCCACACCAGAUCAGAGCCUCUCGUUCACGCACACACGAGCCACCCAGAUCUACCGCCUCUCAGACACUAGUGUUUGACCCGGACCUCGGUGUGGGAGGAAAGAGUAUGAAUGGGCCUAUCAACUUGCUUGUUAAGGCGGCGCUGGAGGUGGCAGACGACGACCACCAACGUAAUCCCCUCGCCCAUUCCACCGCCGCGGACCAACCCCAUCCCGCCUCAGUGGCCACCCAAAGCACCGCUCAUCCGCACGCGUACUCCCGCCCUCAUCAUGAGCACCCGCAACAUUAUGCAGCACCCCAUUCCCACGACUAUGGACACUAUGCCGACGUACCUCGUCAAGCACCUGGUGGUUCUGACAGGAAUCGCAUGGUGAGUGGUGAUCGUGCACAGAUGGGGCCUCCUGGUCACCCGCGCGACGACGAGCGAUAUGCAUCUCACCAAGGUCAUGGCUGGAUGCCGGGUCCCCCGCCACCAGGCUUCGACUACCACCACCAACCACCACCGCCGCCCCACCACCAGCAGGGGUACUAUGGUGGACCUGGCUAUCAUCAUCCUCAGGCUCACCCGUACCCGCCGCACGGCUACCACGACGGCGGGUGGCAGGCACCUCCCCCUCAGCACGGCGGUCGGCAUGACUGGCCACCUGAGGCUUACUACCGCCCGAUGUCGCACUCCUCCGAAGAGCAGGCGAGGCAGAGGCGCAGUGGUGGAUCCGCAGAGGGCGGCGAGCCCUCAUCGCCACAGAAGCGUUACCGCGACACGCCUCGGCACAGCAGCAGCCCCGAAGAGGCGAGCGGUGCCAGUGGCAGUUCUAAGACGACGUCCUCUGGAAGCUCUGACGAGUAUCAGCCCACGACUAAGAAGGUGCGCAAGAAUCCCGGCCGCACUACUCGCGCCAGCGCCCGCCUCCGCGCUACCACCGCCGUCAAGGAGGAGUCGCCCGAAACAACCACGCCGGAGAGCAUGAGCUCCCUCCGCGAGUCCAAUGGCUCCAGUAGUGUCCCCAAGAUUGGUCCUGACAAUGAGGGCGAUGAGGACGGAGACGGCGAAGGCAACGAUGACCAGGAAGACGCAGACGGCGAGGAGAAGCCCAAGCCGAAGAGGCGGAAGUACGUCCGCCGCGACCAAGCCCGCCGCAAGGAGCAGAACGCCCAGGCGCAGAAGAAGUUCCGUCAGAAGAAGAAGAAGCUGGCUGAGCAGGUACGUGACGAUCUACAACGUGGACGGUCCACUGACAGCGCUCAGAUGAAGACGGACCUGGACGAGGCGCUCGAGAGGGCCACGAUGCUCGCUGAGAAGCUCGACAAGGCGAAUGAGCAGAUCGUGGCCAUGGGCGUCGAAAUCAACCAGCUCCGCCUUGGCAUGAUGAAGUGCAAGUGUGUCGGUCCUGACACGUAG